GCCCGGGCUGCGGGCGAACCCGCGCGGAGGCGAGGCACCCGCUACAGCAAAGGGGACUCGGGGUGGAGUGGCUACCGGCAGACGCGCAUCGCACUUCACCCCGCCGAGCACAGGAAGAAAAGUGGAAUAUUCUGAAACAAAUUAUCUAUGUGAACAACUUUCCAAGAACAAAAAUAUAAAGAACCUCUUCACCAGAAUGAGAAUGUUUCUUAGAUAUCAUUGCUGCAAUGAAUCUAUUUGGAGAUGACAAUGUUAUAAGCACCUUGAGAGGUUUAUAAGGAGCUCUCAUCAGAUUUUAACCACGGCAGUUUUUAAGUCGUUUGUUACUUGCAGAGUUGCUGUUUUACUCCGCUGUCUUGGCCAAAUGCGUUCCUGCAAAAGUGCUUCAUCUUCCAGGAGAUUUGUGGAAAAGGCUUUGACAAGUACAGGUUUCUGGACUUUGCUGGAGCUUCUGCGAGGAAAAAGAUGGACAGGGAAUCCACAGAAAAUUCAAGGCCCAGGCGCUGCCAUGAGGUUUUGGGUUUCACUUGGUCUGCUUGGUCACCUGUGCCUCCUCGCCCGCCCACCACAUGGCAUCCCCGGGAUCACUGUGCUGCUGCUGUCCCUGCUGCCAUUCUGGGCAGGGGCCCACUGCCCUUGUCAGGACCCAGCGUUGUGCCAACCCAUCACCCAGCACCCUGAUUUCGAGGUGUUUGUUUUUGAUGUUGGAAGUAAAGCUUGGAAAUUUUAUGAUUGGUCCCAGAUUACAACUGUGGUGAUUUUUGGAAAAUAUGACCCAGAACUUAUGUGUUAUGCUCAUUCACAUGGAGCCAGAGUAGUGCUAAAAGGAGAUGCACCCUUAAAGGAUAUCAUCAAUCCUAGUUUCAGAGCAUCCUGGAUAGCUCAAAAAGUUAAGUUGGCCAAAACACAAUACAUGGAUGGAAUUAAUAUAGACAUAGAGCAAGAAACUAAUUGUUUAUCACCUGAAUAUUAUGCAUUAACCACUUUAGUCAAAGAAACCACAGACUCUUUCCAUCGUGAAAUUAAGGGAUCACAGGUAACCUUUGAUGUAUCUUGGUCUCUAAAGUACAAAGACAGGUGCUAUAAUUAUGCCGGAAUUGCAGAUGCUUGUGACUUUCUCUUUGUGAUGUCUUAUGAUGAACAAAGUCAGGCAUUGUCAGAAUGUACUGCAGCAGCCAAUGCUCCCUACAAAGAAACAUUAACUGGCUACGAUGACUACAUCAAGAUAGGUAUUAACCCUAAGAAGCUUGUAAUGGGUGUUCCCUGGUAUGGUUAUGAUUAUACCUGUCUAAAUCUACUGGAGGAUCGUGUUUGUACCAUUCCAAAAGUCCCUUCCUGGAGGGAUUCUUGUGGUAUUACUUCAGGACAUCAGGUGCCCUAUAAAGUAAUUAUGAAGCAAGUCAAUAGUUCUGUUUCUGGAAGCCACUGGGAUAAAGAUCAGAAGGCUUCUUACUAUAAUUACAAAGAUUCUUCUGGCCAUUUUCAUCAAGUGUGGUAUGACGACCCUCAGAGCAUUUCUUUAAAGGCGGCAUACAUACAAAAGCGUGGCUUACGAGGCAUUGGCAUGUGGCACGCAAAUUGUCUUGACUAUUCUGGAGAUGCUGUAGCCAAACAGCAAACUGAAGACAUGUGGAAAGUCUUAAAACCAAAGCUGUGACAGAUAAACAUCUUCUGUCAAACUAUUAAGAUUUAGAAAAAAUGAUCAGUUUAAAUCAGUUUCUUGAAGAGAAUACAAAUGUCAUGUCACAUAUUUUAGUUAUUCUACUUAAAAGCAGAUAAAGAAAUGCUUUGUUUAAAAACAAAGGUAAGAAGUCAACUUACUAUAUUACUCUUUUAUGUUUAACACUAUAAUUAGGAAAAACUUUUUAGGAUUUUAUUAUGCUAA